AUGCCCGGGAGCUGUGGGAACGCGGAUGCGGUGGUUGAGAAGCGCGAGGCGGGGGCGCCGGCGCGCGCGUGGCGUCUCUUAGGGGACCAUAUAUGGACGGGCGUGCCUUUAGACUCCGCCAUCAUUUCUCCCUCGCCCCGCCCCGAGCGGCUCAGCGUCCCUGUCAACGGUUCCUCCUCUAUUUCCUCCUCCUUUCCCUCUCUUCCUCCGUACCAUGGCCACCCCCACGUUAUAGCCUCUUCGUCCGCCCACCACACCUCUCAGUCUGCGACGUCGAACGGCAUCGUGGGUGCGCAUUUCCGGGUUGGCAAGAAGAUAGGCGAGGGCUCCUUCGGUGUCGUCUUCGAGGGCGCGAACUUGCUAAACAACCAGCCCGUUGCUAUCAAGUUUGAACCUCGGAAGUCGGAGGCACCACAACUCAGGGACGAGUACAGGUCAUAUCGGACACUGAACGGAACACCUGGAGUCCCUCAAGUACACUACUUCGGCCAGGAGGGCCUGCAUAAUGUUCUUGUCAUCGACUUGCUUGGUCCUAACUUGGAGGACCUCUUUGACAUGUGUGGACGCAAGUUCACCAUCAAGACUGUAUGCAUGGCGGCCAAACAGAUGGUCACUCGUGUCCAGGCGAUUCACGAGAAAUCACUCAUUUACCGCGACAUCAAACCCGACAAUUUCCUAAUUGGUGUUCCCGGGUCGAAGACCGCGAACACCAUUCACAUCAUCGACUUCGGCAUGGCGAAACACUACCGUGACCCGAAGACGAAACAGCACAUUCCUUAUCGCGAGCGCAAGUCGCUUUCAGGGACGGCCCGGUACAUGUCAAUCAACACGCAUCUCGGUCGUGAGCAGUCACGCCGAGACGACCUGGAGUCGCUUGGUCACGUAUUCAUGUACUUCCUUCGCGGUGGGCUGCCGUGGCAGGGUCUGCGCGCUGCCACCAACAAGCAGAAGUACGAGAAGAUUGGUGAGAAGAAACAGAGCACAUCUAUUCCGGAACUGUGCGAGGGCUUCCCAGAGGAGUUCGCGAUCUACAUGAACUAUGUUCGGAAGCUCGGCUUCGAGGAGACGCCAGACUAUGACUUCCUCCGCGAGCUGUUCUCGAAGGUGCUGAAGACGCUCGGCGAGCCAGAGGAUGGCGUUUUCGACUGGAUGCUCCUGAACAACGGCAAAGGCUGGGAAGCUGGACAUACCCCCUCGACCCUGCUUGCACAGGCCCACGCAAACGCCGCUGCACCGCAUACCCCGCACCGCGAGCACCGCUCGCGCGGUCAUGACGGCCACCGGCGCAGUUCGCGUCAACCCCUCCAAGAAGCCGCGCAGUCGCCCUCCUCCCAAAUGGUGCUCGCACCAACCCCAGCGCAUGUCAAGAGUAGUAGUCGUCGCGCGGCCGUGGACGCCUCGCGCGGCAACUCGCGCGAGCACGCGAGCGUGCAGCCCCUGCCGCCGGCGAGCCGGCGGCAGAGUCAGCAGCAGGUAGUGCGUGCGGAACGGGAGAGCCAAGCGCUGGCAUCGCACCCCUAUGCGGCGACGCCGAGCCCGGGCGGGUACCGUGCGACGGCGUACGACCGCUCGUCGCCGAACGGGGCGCCGCCCGCACCCAACGGGCAGGCGACUAAUUCAGAAUCGUUCGUGUAUGGCCAGCAGCAAGCGAAGAACGGGACAAAUUCGCGCGAGGGAACGACGACGGCGGGUACCGCGCCGAACCGCGAGCCCAUGAGUGCUGUGGGCACCCGCGGGAUGGGUAUGUAUGACCGGGAGCAGAUGGCGAGGGUGGGAGAGCAGGACGAGCAUGGUGGACGGCAGAGAGGCUUCUGGGCUGCGUUCUGCUGUCGCGGAUGA